AUGGCACAACCCGAUCUCACGUCGCAUCAUGUCAACUAUUUAAUAUGGAGGUACCUCCAAGAAGCAGGCCAUGGCGAUGCUGCUGUGUCUUUGCAACGCGCAUGGUAUCCUGACCCGCAGACGCUUCCGUUUGCGCCUUAUAUUAAAACCCAUGCGCUGGUGUCGCUAGUCCAGAAGGGCCUGCAAUAUCAUGAAAUGGAGGCCUCAUUGGACAAGGAGGGCAAUCACAUCACCAUUUCACCCUCUGAUUAUUUUUUCGGACCAGUGCCCUUUGAAACUGGAUCUGUGAAGAGUCACGAUGAGGCUGUCCACAUAGACGUAGAUUCGCCGGGCCAACUUACGCGCGAUCGCCCGGUGAACGGUCACGCCGAGCCUGGAAAGGACCCCCGAAAGGACGAGACUGACACUGAUGAGUCCAUGGAGGACAAGGCGCAGACUGAAAGUCAGCCAGGGACUCCCGAUCACCUUGACGAUGAUGGUGACAUCAGCAUGGCCGAGGAGAUUCCCGAAAUGCCUACCACCCUGGAAAAUGGCUACAGCUCUGGCGCCCAGAUCGCCCCCGCCAAGCCCAUCGAUUUGACGCCUGACACCGCCCUUCUGGAUGCGGAGAAUCACGUGACUAAUGCCAUAUGGCGUCCUCGGGAUUCCACUACUGUGGUGGGGGCUGGUGAACUGUUUUGCAGCCUGUGGAAGCUCACGUCAUCUGAACCUGUGGAGAAGAAGAUCGUUGAUCUCAAGAAGGGGAGCACAACUGUCUCAACCGUGGCCUGGGAUACCAUUGGCGAGAAAUUGGCUGUGGCGACUUGUACUGAUGAUAGAGGAACUAUCACCAUGUACAACGUCAAUGGUGAAGCAGUCGACUUACUGCCAGAGGUGCCGCGGAUUAUCACUGGCCUACAUUGGGCAGACGGCAACUCGCAGCUGGUUGUUGUGGCCUCAAAUCAAAACGUCUCAGAACUUGCGCUUUGGGACGACAGUCGACGGCCGGAGGUUUUCCCUCCACCUCAAGUAAUUGAAGAUCAUAUUUACGGACUCGCAUGGUGUGGGCGCAACCUGGUAUUUGCUUCUGGCCAUGGGGCUGUUUAUCAAUGCGAAGUUGACCAUAGCAUCCGUUUGCUCAAAACAUUUUCUUCUGCCAAAGACGAUGCGAGUUGGGAGUUUAUUCGCUGUGUCCAAACCGACACUCAUGCCGUUGCAAUCGCAGCGUCUAAAUCAAGCGCUGCAAUUUGGGUCCCAACCCAUGACAUUCUUAUCCCCAACGCCCACGACGCCAAGAUCACGGGCCUCGAGAUUCGCCCUCAGUCACAUGCCCAUCGAAUUCAUCUUGCCUCCUUCUCAGCGGACGGCAAAGUCAAGAUUUGGAGGAUUGAUCUUGAUGUGAAAGAUUAUACGUGCAUACAUCAGCUGAGUUUAGAUCCAUCAAACCCCGUUCUCGCUGGAUCCUUCUCCCCUGAUGGAUACGCCCUCAGCGCAGUCAGCAAGGACCGGCUCUUUAUCUGGAACGUCGAACGUGGUGGUGACCCCAUGUCCACCUGGACCACAACCACCCCGGAGGUGAAGAAGGAGGAAGCCGACCGCAUGACCAAUGGACAAAACGGACACCAUGGUCAGAAUGGUCAUACAAAUUCAGAUCACUUCCGACCUCUUUCUUGGGAUGCAGAUGGAAAGCGACUUGCCUGCGGCUUCGACAAACAGAUGGCAAUCAUUAAUUUGCAACGAUGA